CUCUCUUUUUAUUAUUAUUAUUAUUAUUAUUAUUAUUAUUAUUACUCUCAAUGUCUGUGGUUUCAGUACAACAACAACCUCAUUCAAUAUCUCAACAUGGUAUGAAAGAAAUUAGUCCUGGACUUGAACAUACAUAUUAUCCUCCUUCUCAGCUUAUGAUGGGAACAGAUAAACAAACCAAUUCAAUAGACAAACCAAGAAUGGAACUUGUUUUGACUCAUAAUCAAUUGAUGGAAAUACCCUCCCAACAAAAUAAUAACGAACCUUGUACAGUUUGUAAAGAUAUGGAUGGAAAUAUUCUCUUUUAUCGUCCUUCUAUGGCUUUACAUACUUUAUUUCAAGUACAUGACGAUUCUCCUUCACGAUAUUCAAACCAACGACUAGUAACAAAUAAAACAUAUUUGGAUACCGAUCAUCAAAACAAUCAUGAUAAUGAUGAUGACACAAUACACAACAACAACAACAACAACAACAACAAUGAUAUAAAUGGAAAGGAAAAUCAAAUCAUCCAGACUAGUGAUGAGGAUGGCAUCGAUGAUGACGAGACCCAACAACGAUUAGUGAUUCCAAAACAUCGACAAUUAUAUGUAACACUUUAUGAUAAUCAUCAUCUUCCAUUAUGGUCUUUGAUAGAACAAGAUUGGCACACCAUGACAUUAUUAUCUCGACAAACACCACAGAAAUAUAUGCUCAUGACCACCAGUACCUUUUCCUUUUCAUGGGAUCAACGACCUUAUCAAUGGCGUAUGCAGAUGGCGGACGACGGAACAUCCAUGGAUCUAUUAUGUGAAAAAUGUCAUUACGAUCAAUCGAAGGUACCCAUUGCUUUACUCACCAAACAAGCGACUCGACUCCUUUUUUUUGAAAACAAUGAAACAACCAUGCAUGCUAUACCGAAAGACGUGACUGAUCAUGGCGCUUCUUCUUCGAAUAAUCCUUUUAGAUCUUUAUUGUCUGACAAACACCGAGUGGAUGAUUUGGACAGUUUCUUGAUUCUCUCCAGUUUAUUACUCAAUGAUUUAAUCCAUUCUCAACUUCGUGCUUUGGGUGGUGGGAAAGAUGCCAUGAUGAUGAUGAUGGAACGACAACAACAAGCUCUCAAAGAAGAAGAAACCAUUCAAUUGACUCAAUCACGUUAUCAUCAAGGAUCGGUAGUUAAUUUGCGUGAUGAUGAUGAUAUUGUUGUUUCCACUCAUGACAAUAAUCCAAGAUGGUCUUCUACAGGUUCUAUGAAAAGUUUGGAACUUGAUCCUGGUAUUUGGCGUUGCUGGUGGGGUUAUGGAUGUUGGUGGACUUUCUUUCCUUGUUUUAUGCCUGGUGGUUGGUUUGAUCGUCGUGUUCGAAGACAUCAUCAUCGAUCAAGAGUCACUCGUAGGAUGCAGGGAUGGCAACAACAAGAAUAGUUCUCUCAAUCAUUCCCUUUCCUUUUGUAUAUAUGUUAUUCCUUUUUGAUUAUAUAUUUAUCUUUUCAUCUGUUCUUUUAUUUUUCAUCUUUUUGUAUCAGUAUCCCUCCUUUUUUUUUGUAGAUGAUUCCCCCCUCCUCUUCCCUUUUUUAUAUAUGUUCUAUUUUUUUUUUUAUUUCAAAACUUGUGCCUAUCGUUCAUUUUUUUUUAAAAGAAAUAAGUAAAAUUCAUGUUUUAUUUUAUUUAAUGGAUCCUCUUUAACUGACUAUGAU